AUGAAUUUUAUAUUGCAAGGUCAUUUUCUUCUCUAUGAUUUAGAGACUUCAUAUGAAGUAAUUGUGUAUACUGGUGAUAAAAGAGGUGCCGGUACAGAUAGUCAAGUUUAUAUAACAUUAUUUGGAAAUAAUGGAAAACGAACAGAAAAAAUUCAUUUAAAAAAGUCUAACAAUAAAGAUCCAUUUGAACGAAAUCAAGUCGAUAAAUUUUGUGUCAAUGGUGAUUAUAUUGGAGAAUUAACUAAACUUCAUAUUGAACAUGAUAAUACUGGUCGAUUAUCUGGAUGGUUUCUUGAUCAAAUUAUUGUGACAGAUCUUUCUGAUCCAGAAACAACAUAUUUUACAACAUGUAAUCAAUGGUUAGCAAAAGAUGAAGGUGAUGGACAGAUAUUUCGAGAUCUUAUAUUAAGUAAACAAUCAAGUGGAAUAAAACAAGAUAAUCAAUAUAAAAUAACAGUUUAUACUGGAAGUCAAAAAGACGCUGGAACAGAUGCUGAUGUAUUCAUUACUCUUUAUGGUGAUGUAGGUGAAACAGAUGCAAUUAAGCUAGAUAAUAGAAACAAUAAUUUUGAAGCUGGAAAAAAAGAUGAUUUUACAAUUGAAUGUCCAACUAUUGGUGAAUUAAAUCAAAUUUUAAUCGCACAUAAUAAUCAAGGUUUUGCACCUAGCUGGUUUUUGGAUCGAAUAUUAAUUGAAGAUGUUAAUGCACAUCAUAUAUAUGAAUUUCCAUGUAAUCGAUGGUUAGCAAAAACUGAAGAUGAUAAACAAAUAGCCCGUUUUCUUUAUCCAAAAAUAUCAACUGAUCAUGAAAAACACCCGACAACAAGUGAUAAAAUCAAUGCUGGUACGGAUUCAAGAGUCUAUAUAAUUAUACAUGGAAAAGAUUCAUCGUCAAGUCAAAUAUUUUUAAACGAUAAAAAAUUUGAAAAAAACUCUGUCGAUAAAUUUACAAUUUAUGCUCCAAAUAAUCUUAGUCCAUUAACAGCAUUGGAUGUUGGACAUGAUAACAGUGGAUUUGCAUCCGGAUGGUAUCUUGAUAAGGCUAUUAUCGAAUGUCCAAUUACAGGUAUUAAACAGACAUUUCCCUGUAAUAAUUGGUUAGCUGAUGAUGAAGGUGAUAAACUUACUGAACGUCGAUUAAAAGAAGAUUUAUCAUUACGUAAAAUUCAUCGACCAAGUAUGCCAUGGCACAUAUGGGUGUAUACAAGUGAUAAAAAAGGAGCAAGUACAAAUGCUCAAGUAAUUCUUGUUCUCUAUGGUGAUAAUGGAAGAUCAAGAAAUAUUAAAUUACAAAGAAAUUCCGAUACAUUACAACAAGGUCAUUGUGAUCAAUUUAAAGUUGAUAUUAAUGAUGUUGGUAUACCAUAUAAAUUACGUGUUAGUCUUAAUGAUAAAAAUUUAUCGACAUCAUGGCAUCUUGAUCAAAUUGAAAUGGAUAAUCUUAAAACAAAUCAAGAAUAUAUAUUUCAUUGUGGAAGAUGGUUAUCAAAAACAGAAGAUGAUAAACAAAUUAUUCGAGAAUUACCAGCUGAAGGAUCAAAAAUAUCAAGACCUUUACCUAUUGUUAAAUAUAUAGUUGAUGUAUAUACAGGAAAUAAAACUGGUGCUGGUACAGAUGCAAAUGUUUUUAUUAACAUCUAUGGUGAAUAUGGUGAUACAGGAGUGCGUCUAUUAGAAUAUUCAUUACAAAAUAAAAAUAAAUUCGAAAAAAAUCAAGUUGAUACUUUUAUCAUUGAAGCUGUUUUAUUAAAACAAAUACGAAAAAUUCAAAUCGGCCAUGAUGGCACUGGAGUAGGUUCUGGAUGGUUUUUAAAUAAAGUUGUCGUUCGUUCAGACGAUGGACAUUAUGAACCAGUCACAUUUAUUUGCAAUAGAUGGCUUGCUGUUGAUGAAGAUGAUGGACACAUUGUUCGUGAAUUAAUGGCAACACAACAUUUAAAUAGAACAAUAUAUAAUGUUAAAAUAAAAACUGGUGAUAUUUUUCAAGCUGGUACUGACGCUAAUGUAUAUUUGAAAAUAUUUGGUGAGAAAGAUACUACAGAUAAAAUUCAACUUACAACAGGUAAUAGUACAAAAAAUAAAUUUGAACGUGGACAAAUCAAUAGUUUUAAAUUAAAAUGUUAUGAUCUUGGCAAAAUUGAACGUAUACUUAUUGGACAUAAUGGAAAAAAUCUUGGUGCAGGAUGGUUUCUUGAUUGGAUUGAAAUUGAGGCACCAAACUGUCGAGAACUAUAUAGAUUCGUCUGUUAUCGUUGGUUAGAUAAAAAUGAAGGUGAUGGAAAAAUUGAACUUGAUUUAAUACCAUCUGACGUAACUAACAAAACAAGUCUUAUUCUAUAUGAAAUAACAGUUUUUACUGGUGAUAAAGUUGGUGCUGGUACAGAUGCGAAAGUAUUUAUUCAAAUAUGUGGUUUAUAUGGCAAAACAGAAGAAAUUAUUCUUAAAAGUAAAUCCGAUGCAUUUGAAAGAAAAUCGGUUGAUAAAUUUAAAAUUGAAGCUCCUGACAUAGGACAAAUUGAAAAAAUUCGAAUUGGUCAUCAUUCAGAAAAUUUUGCUUCAGCAUGGUAUCUUGAAAAAGUACUUAUUCAACGAUAUUUAAGUAAACCAUUUGAUAAACGAAAAAGAGUAUCAGAUGUAAAUGUUGAAGAAUAUUGGUUUGUUUGCCAACAAUGGUUUGAUAGUGAUCAACAUGAUAAACAAACUAUUCGAGAAUUGUUACCAACUAAUGAAAAUGAAAAUGUAUUGAGCAAUCAAAAAAAAAUAACUUAUCUUGUACAUGUUUUUACGGGUGACAAAAGUGGGGCUGGUACAGAUGCAAGUGUUUUUCUAACAAUCUAUGGUCAAUAUGAAGAUUCAGGUGAACAUCAAUUAACGAAAUCAAAAACAAAUAUCAAUAAAUUUGAACGAAAACAAGAAGAUAUUUUCGAAGUCAAAGCUCCAGCAUUGGGAAAAUUGACAAAAAUUAAAAUUCGACAUGAUAGUACAGGGAUGGCUUCUGCAUGGUAUCUUGAUCGAAUUGAAAUUGUUGAUCCUGAGAUUGGUGUUAGAUAUCAUUUUAUAUGUGAAAAAUGGUUAGCUGUUGAUAUAGGCGAUAGAAUGAUAUCUCGUGAAAUUCUUGCAUUUGAAAAUAAAGUACUUCCUGCAUCAACUAGACAUCAAACUACAACUUAUCGAAUUAAUGUGAUUACUUCAAAUAAAUUUGGUAGUGGUACAGAUGCUAAUGUUUAUAUAAUUAUAUUUGGUGAACAUGAAGAUACAGGCAAACUUCCAUUAGUUAAAUCCAAAACACAUAAAGAUCCAUUUGAAAAAGGUCAUAGAGAUUUAUUUGAAAUUGAAGCUAUAGAUAUUGGUCAACUAAAAAAGAUUAAAAUUGGUCAUGAUGAUUCAGGUUUUGGAUCAGAUUGGUUAUUAGAAUGUGUAGAAAUUAAUGUACCAAAAUUAGAUCAUACAUGGAUAUUUCCAUGUGGAAAAUGGUUAAAAAAAACAAAACAUAUUUGUCAAUUAGAAGUUGAAUUAUAUCCAAAAGAAAUGUCAACUGGAAUUUAUUCAUCUCAUAUUCCAUAUAAAAUAAAAAUUUAUACAUCAAAUAUUCUUGAUGCAGGAACAAAUGCUAGUGUUUAUAUUCAAAUUUAUGGUCUUAAAAAAUCAACUAAUCAAGUUAUUUUAUGUAGUAAAAUAGAUCAAAACGGAAAAUUUCAAAUGGGUUCUAUAGAUACUUUUAUACUUGAACUGGAAGAUGUUGGAGAUUAUAUUGAAAAAAUUCGUAUUGGACAUGAUAAUACUGGCUUUUGUCCUGCAUGGCAUUUAGAUCAUGUUGAAAUUUGUCGAUUAAUUCCAGAUCAAAAGACAAAAACAUAUAUAUUUCAAUGUAAUCGUUGGUUAGCUAAAAAUGAAGAUGAUGGAUCCAUUGUACGUGAACUUGUUCCAGAAAAGUUUAUUGAAGAAAAACUUAAUAAAAAAUAUAUAGUGGAUGUUUAUACAGGUGAUAAAUUUGGUUCGCGCACAAAUGCCAAUGUUUUUCUAACAAUUUAUGGGGACAAAGGUGAUACAGGUGAACGCGAAUUAACGCAUUCUCAAACAAAUAAAAAUAAAUUUGAAAGAAAACAAAUCGAUAGAUUUAUAAUUGAAAGUAAUGAUUUAGGAAAUGUUUAUAAACUUAAAAUUCGUUGUGAUAAUAAUGGAAUGUUAAGUGAUUGGUUUUUAGACAAAGUUGAAGUUAAAGAUGAAAGACAAAUACAUAUAUUUUAUUGUGAACAAUGGUUAGCAGAGGAUAAAGAUAAUUCAAUAUUUGAACAAAUACUUUAUGAAAAGUAA